AUGUCAACGAACAUCGAUAACUCGAACGACCUUACCGUGCACCGUGUAGACAGUGCGGAGGACUUAGAACUGUGGACCCCAUCUCUUGUUCGAUUACUACAAUCAUGUGUCAACAUCGAUCCCGCCUCGUCCUCUAUCGGCUUUCGCGCACCUCUCUCUGAGGCGAAGGCUACAGAAUAUUGGCAUUCACUGUCGGCUCAGCUAUAUGGUUCCCAACCCAACACCACACUGUUUGUCCUGGGCCGUGGUUCGAACGCCAUUGGGACAAUUCAACUGGUGACUCAUGCUAAGGAAACGCACGCGCACAAGGUCGAGAUAGGCAAAUUGUUGGUCGCCGAAAGCGAUAGAGGCCGGGGAUUGGGCAGGAAGCUCAUGAACGUGGCAGAGAGUUUUGCACAAGACAACUUGGCUAAGAAUAUGGUGUUGCUAGAUACAGCAACAGAAAGCCCCGCGCGGGAGUUCUACUUGAAGCUUGGAUACACAGAAUGGGGGAUCUGUCCACAAUAUGCUGCGAGCGCUGAUGGGCAUAUACACGAAAGCUCGUUUUUCUAUAAGUAUCUUAGCAUGUAA